GCAGGAAUCGAGACAGUGACGGUCUUUGACGAAACUUCUGACAAUACUCGUUCAGAGCUGUUCGUUCGCUUUUUCCGCAAUGCGUGCGUUUCUCCUGAAACUGAAUUACGGUCUCCAAGACCUUUCGUACAUGGAAUUGGAACGACAUAUUGCGACACACCGUGGCCCAAGAUGCGGUACAAAUCCGAGUCAAAAGGCAGUGUCGUGUUAUUUCGAAAGGUUCGGAAACAAGUGUGUUACUGAGGGGACGCAGUUUCGACUACAUGUUCAUAAAGAGGAAAAAGGGAUGAAAGUUGGCGCACUGUGCCCGAAGCAGUCGAGCUUGGAGAGUAUUUUCUCCAUCUUCCAGUGUCCAUCCGGAGACUUCAUACUAAGCGGGGUUGGAAAGCUGAACCAACGCUUCGGUUUGUUCCUACUCGUCAAUAAUGACGUUUUACCACUUGAUGAGAAAGGCAUGCGUGUUCUGAGACAUGGCGACAUCAUCAGAGGAUUUUUCUGCAAAAUUCCUACUUUCAGGAUCAUGUUCCUCCUCAGUGACAGCAGUCACGUCAGAGAAACGCAGACUUCGCUCCUUCUGUCAUGUCCUUGGCUAGUUCUCAAGAAUAUCGCAAAAUUUCUGCCACCAUUUGAAACUAUGCUGGACUUCGUUCCAGUAUGUCGGCAGUUUUUUCACUUGAUGAAGGAUGGAAGCAGUUGGACACGUGUGAAGUUUUCUCUACAAGAUGGAAUGCAAUGUCCGCCAUUUGGGCACUUCCAAGACUUCUGCAACGUUGUAUAUAAGCAUGUGCGGAAGCUUUCACUGAGGUUCAGUUUUCACUCUGAACUGGAUCCGCUCUGGCCACGGAACAUUUUACGACCGAUUUUCCAACAUCAUGAUUGGAGUAAAUUAAAGGUGCUCCAAGUCGGCACUUUGAUGGCCAACGAAGAGGCAUGGUUUGAAUUUCUCACGAGGAGUGGCAAGAAGCUCAUUCACCUGGAAAUGCUCUCCGUGGGAUGCAUUAUUCUUGCGGAUCUCUUAUUGGAAGCUUCCAAAGCUGGGCACGUCUUGUUUCCCAAUUGUCGGGAAGUGCGUUUGCGGUGUUCCUUGGAGAAAAUGUUUCCUGCUAAUAUGGGACAGGCUUUUCCAAGGCAAGAAGGCAAGUUGAAGAAACUGCAUCUCAAUCAUGCUAUUCUACAUGACACAGAACGUUUAAGGUCCAAUUUGGUUGUGCUGCAUGAUCCGCACUUGCGGCAGUUUCCUGAUUUUAUGGGUUCUGGUGUGCUUUCGAGUCUUCAUACCUACCAGUUGCCCGUUAAAUUGGAUGCGGGAGGUUGGAAACUUGCUCGGAAAAUGGGAAUAUUUGCAAACCUUGAAACCCUGAGCAUGAGUGGAGAGAUCUUGAACAACAUGCCGCCGGCUAAGAAGAAGAUCAUCUAUUUCCCGAAGGUGAAUAUGAACCCGUUAUUUUUCUCUGACGAAUGCAACGAUGUCCAUGUCCUGCCAAUUCCUGCCUGUGGAACAAUUUCCUUUUAA